CCAAGAGGCGGAGCGGAUCCUCGCAGUCGCCACCCCUUCCCUUCUGCAGUACACUUGGUACCAACCUCGGAGGCCAGGGACAUAAUGGCCAGCCAGGAGGACCCCGUGCAGAGGGAGAUUCACCAGGACUGGGCCAACAGGGAGUACAUCGAGGUCAUCACUAGCAGCAUCAAAAAAAUCGCCGAUUUCCUCAACUCCUUCGAUAUGUCCUGUCGUUCACGCUUGGCAACCUUAAAUGAAAAGCUGACAGCGUUGGAAAGACGAAUUGAGUACAUAGAAGCAAGGGUCACCAAAGGUGAAACCCUGACAUAACGCAAUCCACGAUUCUCCAACAAUCACAACCUUACUUUGAAAUAUUUUCUAUAUAUAUAUAUAUACUGUAUAAAUAUAUUACAAAAAAAAAAUAAGUUACGGACUUUUUUUUUUUUCUUUUCUUGAUUUGUCCCUACCAAAGCCUAAAAAAAGAACCAUUACAAUCACACAUUUUUGACUUGCUGUAUUUACGAUGGCAUAUUAUGUUUUACAAUUUUUUUUUUUUUUUUUCAUUUCUGAAUUCUGUAUUCUUUAUGGGGGGCGUUUUUUUUUUUUUUUUCCUCUUUUCAUGUUUGAAUUGAAAUUUAUUGUAUAAAUACAUGGAUCGAAGUACAUCUUGUUCUGUUGUACAAUAUAUUGUGCGGCUGUUGAGUUAAUUCAAGUGAGAUAAUGGACUACUAAAUGUGCCAAUUAAUAUUGUUUCAUAGUACUUUUUCUUUGUGUACGUUUUUUCAAUCUCUCAAUUGUGUUAAAAAUAAAAAUACUUUCUGAU